CCCCGGCCUCCGCGCGCCCAGCGGCCGCCAGCUGCCUGCACUCAGGUGCGGACACCUUCCGGCCGCUCCAGUCCCGGGUGCCUGCCGCCGUUGGACCGUCAGCUUUGUCCGGAGCUGGUUGAUGAUGGUUGGAACUUUCCCGGCCCUUCAUUGACUGAGUGAACUAGCCAGAAAUACAUUCCUAGGAAAUGGCCUCUAAAUCUUGGCUGAAUGUUUUAACCUUCCUCUGUGGAUCAGCAAUAGGAUUUUUUUUAUGUUCUCAACUAUUCAGUAUUUUGUUGCAAGAACAGGCUGCUGUUCAGCCUAGCAUGCUUCAUAAUGAUCCUCAUGCAAGACAUUCAGAUGAUGAUGAACACAGUCAACUCAAAGGACAAAUGAACUUCAAUGCAGAUUCUAACCAACAUAAAGAUGAGAACACAGACAUUGCUGAGAACCUCUAUGAGAAAGUUAAAAUUCUUUGUUGGGUUAUGACAAGCCCUCAAAAUCUAGAGACAAAGGCCAAACAUGUCAAAGCUACAUGGGCUCAACGUUGUAAUAAAGUGUUAUUUAUGAGUUCGGAAGAAAAUCAAGACUUCCCUACUGUGGGAUUGAAAACCAAAGAAGGCAGAGAGCAGCUGUAUUGGAAAACAAUUAAAGCUUUUCAGUAUGUGCAUGAACAUUAUUUAGCAGAUGCUGACUGGUUUAUGAAAGCAGAUGAUGACACAUAUGUCAUAGUGGACAAUCUAAGAUGGCUUCUAUCGAAGUAUAGCCCCGAACAACCCAUUUACUUUGGGAGAAGAUUUAAGCCCUUUGUGAAGCAGGGAUACAUGAGUGGAGGAGCAGGAUAUGUCUUAAGCAAAGAAGCCUUGAGAAGAUUUGUUGAUGGAUUUAAAACAGAAAAAUGUACACAUAGUUCCUCCAUCGAAGACUUAGCACUGGGAAGGUGCAUGGAAAUUGUAAAUGUAGAAGCUGGAGAUUCCAGAGACACCAUUGGGAAAGAAACCUUCCACCCAUUUGUACCAGAACACCACUUAAUCAAAGGUUAUCUACCGAAAACAUUUUGGUACUGGAAUUACAACUAUUAUCCUCCCAUAGAGGGUCCUGGUUGCUGUUCUGAUAUUGCAGUUUCUUUUCACUAUGUUGAUUCUACAACUAUGUAUGAAUUAGAAUACCUCGUUUAUCAUCUUCGUCCAUAUGGUUAUUUAUAUAGAUAUCAACCUGCCUUACCUGAGAAUAUACUAAAAGAAAUUAAUCAAGUAAACAAAAAAGAAGAUGCAAAAACAAAAUUAGGCAACCCUUGAAAGCAGGCCAUGAGUGGACUGAGGUUAAAUGGCCUACAUUGCACUGAAGGACUCCUGCCUUUCUGACGGAACACUGAAAUCCCAGUGAGGAACUCAUCUGAAGUGAACAUUCCAUAUAAAAAUCUUUUAAACGGAUGACUAUAAACUGAAGCAUUUAAAGAGCUGUGAAGUUUGAUAAAAUGUGUUUUGAUACAGUAAUAUAUAAAUAUAAAUGAAUAUAUAUGAAGAAUUUGUGUUUUUAAAUGGUGACAGAAGAGCUAGAAAGACUGUUUCUGACUGUUCCUGACAGUAUGUUAUCACUAAAGUUGGAAUGGUUAUUUUGUAAUCACCUUCUGCACCACACCAGUUAGAACACAAUGCUGAACAGAUCUGCCUUAAAAAAGAAAGAAAUGCUGUUGCUCAGUAUUGUUUCUCAGCUAAUAUGUCUAUGCUACAAACCAGCCUUCCAAUUGCCGAAAGAAAACUUUUCUGUGAUUAUAUUACUUAUAAUUGGCAAUGUUUCCUCAAGAAGAAGUAGAAUAAGAAUGGCACUUACCCCAGAGUGCACCGGUUAACCACAUUUCCAAUUAUUAUGGGCCUUGACUACAUUACAUACUUAGUUCUCUCUAUAAUCAGUCUUACACCAAGUCCCCGUUGUCUCCUUUUGAAAUAUUUGACUCUUGAAUACCAUUUUCAUUAUUAAUGCUUAUUUACUCAAAGCAUUGGCAGCAUUCUGUAAAACAUGCAUUUUGAAACAUUUUGUUCCCAGAUUCACCCAUUGUUAAUUGUAGGUAACAAUUAAAUUUAUUGCUGUUUGGACAAGCUUUUCUUGUACUGGUACCACUCUCAGGAAUUAUUGAUUAUUUAGAAGUCUUUCCCAACUACAUAAUUGUUCCUUUUAUUUUCAUCCUGUGGAGAUGAGACUUGUUUGUGCCUUUCAUAACUUGUUUAAAGCACUUUUAAAAUUAAUUUUUAUGUCUGAUGUGGCAGGUAACACUGGCAAAAAUUUUUGAAUAAAGCUUUUUGCCAGAAUUAAUUUAAAACACAAGAAGUAAAAGCUACUUAAACAAGCUAAAAUGUCAUACACUUUAUAAAUAACAACAUAUUUCCUGCUGACUUCUUAUUUGGGGAUAAGUCUUGCCAGCAGUAAUUCCAACAGAGCAAAAUUCCAUUCAGACUGCCAUCAGAAGCAAUCUAUAUCACUCUGACUUCACUGGCUGCUUAAAGAGUAUCUGAAAGGAUAGAACCUUGUUUUUGUCAUCAUCAAUACUAAACGUAGAGCAGAAUAUUUUGCAGAUUUCCCAUAAAAUUAUUUUUAAUUGUUAAUGAUUUACAUUUCAUUAUGCUAAUUUUGCAUCAUUAGUACACCACCAAGUCUAUAGCUUGGCUAAAUAACAAAUAUAAAUAAUUUAUACUUCUUGUGCCAAAACCAUGACCUUUAUAGAUGAUAUAUUAGACAGGAUAUUUCAUUGACUAGUUAUGGAUCACUCUGUCCCUAUAAUGAAAAUACAAAACAAAUUUACAAAUUUAAUUUGGUUUAGGUUGUUUUUAUUGGUGCCCUCUACCAGUGUCCUAGGCCUUCUAGUCUGUUUUUUUUGUACAGCUCUUUACCACGGUUUGGAUAUGAACUUGUCUGUAUUCCAUACGUGCUACUCUUCUUUACUAGCAGAGUAAAUGAUUUAUCCUAAUCAUCCAAAAUCCUUAACAUUUACUCAUAGCAAAUGAAUGCUGCAAUGAAUCUGGGCUGCAAAGCCAGGCAGCCAGUUCCUCCUCCAUCACUAUUUAUGUAACCUUGAGCAAUUUACUUAAUUUCUGUGUGCCUCCAUUUCCUCAUCUAUAAAUUAGGGAUAAUGAUACUACCUACCUCACAGGAUUUUAAUGAGGAUCAUAGAAAUGAAUAUACAUAAGGCUAUUAGAACACUGUCUGGCUCAGAAGGGGCAUGAUUUUAUGUAUAAGGUUUUAUUCUGUUACCUUGGAGUAUAAAUAAUUUGAUUUAGAUGAAUGAAAUUAUCAGAUAAGAUCAGAAGGAACUGUAUUGCACAUUUCUUAAAAUGCAGAAUAUGUAGUAUUCAUCUAGUGCCUGCUGUAUGCCAGAUACUGCUCCUAUUCUGUACAUUUGUGUUAAUCCUCAUAAAUUGGGUGUUAGUCCCAUACUAUAGGUGAGGAGACUGAGGCUCAAAGAAUUCAAGUAAUGUUUCCAGUGUCACAAAGCUAGUAAGUAAAAAGGCUGGGAUCUAUAAUCAAAACCUACGUGUUGUUUGUAUUAUGUUAGCCUUAGGGUUAGUGAUAUGAAUAUGUGGAAUAAUUACACACACACACACACACACACACACACAUAUGAUUAGUACAUAACUUCUGGAACUUUUGGCUAGUAAUAGUUGAAAUUGGUCAAACAGCUAAGUGGGUAUGCUGAUUGUUAAAUUGUGAUUCUCAUACUCUAGCUACAAGUUAAGAUGGAGAUCUCAAGGUUUGACUUUUAGCAUGGGGCCCUGUAGUAUGCAUUCUUACCAGAUACCUUCUAGUGAGAAUUAUUAGAGUAGCACUGCUGAGAGCUUGUUGGAGCUUGUUCUUGUCUUCAGCCCAGCCUGGAUCUAAGUCAGAAACUCAAGACAGGGCCUAGCAGUUUGAUCUGAAAAAGUAAUUUUAGUAAUCCUAUGUUGAGAACCAUUGCCUGUCUACCUACAUAAUUUUGGUGCAAAUAGUCUUUGGAACACACUCAGGAUUUCUGCCCAGGAGAGAGGCAUUUUUCAAAGAUUCUUUAAAACAUGUUUUAAAUCAGUAUAGUCCAGGAUCAUACUAUAUUAAAAAUAAAAUCCUAUAAAAUUCAAAGGGUCCGUGUAUCAUUGGUUUUGGGAAAAUUCUUUACUUCUCUAUAAUGACUAUUACCAGGACCUUAGAAUUCUAUAAUUCUACACGUUUAGUCAUUUCACACUGAGUAGUAAGGGUUCAGUGAGUACUAAUAUGUACAUAUGAAUUCAUUAAAACAUAUGUAAAUGAAUAUCAUGAAAAUGUCCACGAGUUACUGAAAUUUCCAAUAGAAAUAGAAAAAUGCUACUUUAUAAUAUGCCAAGUAUUUUCUGCUAAUUUAUACUAUUAGUCUAAGUUUUGUCACUUUCAAAACCUAUGUACCUAUCCUAUGAUCUAAUGAAGCAAAAAAAUUCUCCCAAAUAUUUCAUAGAGCACAUUAAGCAAGAUUUUAUGGUGAAAUGAUUAAUUCACUAUCAUUUAGGUAAAGAUCUCUAUCAUAUGAAUAGUUGAUUGUAGUGUGGUUUCAAGACAUACGACUUUUAACAAAGUCUUAUGUUAUCUAUUAAUAAUAUGCUUGUGUUUUUCUAGUGGGAAGUUCAUAGAUACAAAGCAGGUUUUUGCCCAGAGUUUUGACUGUUUGAAUAUAUCUAAAUUUCAUAGAUCAGUUUGUUACUAUAAAAGGAUUCAAAAAUAAAUCAUUGACCAGUUCAUACUAUGUCUUGAAUGUGGUAAUUGGGUGUGAGGAUUACUGUGUUUGCUAACUGGUUGUUUUCAUAGUUGUUUCUUGAGGUUUGUUUUGUUUUGUUUUUACACUCUUAGCUUGUCAAACUGUGUUGCUAGAUUGAGGCCCUGUUAUACUUGAAAGACAUCCCCACUUGAUUUGUCAGAUCCUACCUAGCUUUGUUCUUGCACUUUCAGUGUCAUUCUGUUUUUGAUAGUUCCUUUAUGCUUAACUUCUAGCUCCUUAGAGUGCUGUCUUCUUGCAGUUGAUUUGGGUGAUCAGAGUGUUUAUCCUUUAUGAUAGUUUUAUACCUAGCACAGGUUUCUCAUGAGACUAAAAGUCCAACAAUAGUCUGCUGGCUCUCAUUGAGCAAUCACUUACCCUAAUUGAACUUGUACAACCUAAAACAAUUCUACAUCUACAAUUAAGAAAGCAAAGAUAUGUACCCUCCUCUUAAAAGCAAAAGGCAAACACAUUGCCUAUAGUUUUGUAUUAGGACUUAUAGAAACAUCAUGAGAAAUAUGGGAGACAAGCUGUGGUAUAUUUUACACUAAUGGAACCUCUAUCGAUUAAAGAUGACUUACAGUCAUAUAUCAGAGCUGUAUUGAAAUCUUAACACCAAUGGAAAUGAGAAUUUUGUACAGAUUCUCUAGAGAAGCAACUGUAAAAGCAGCAUCAGAGUUGAAUGUACUUUGUUUCGAUUCCCUUACCUCUUUUGAGUUUUCAGUUACAUUAAUUAAGUUUUAGUAACUUUGCAGGGCGCUAUAAAUUAAUGAUCUACAUGAAGUGUGUUAUUAGAGGGAAACUAAUCUUACUGCUAAGCAGUGUGUUGUAUUAUACAGUGAAUGUUUGUGUUUUGAAAUUUUAAAAUUAUUUAAAGUAAUAGUGUCAAUGAAGGUUUAAAAAUGUCUGGUGACUUGCUUACUUUAAGUGAUCACCAAUAAGUCAGAAAAAUGUAUUUUUAAACGUUUUUUAAAGUGCCUUUUGAGAAUUUUUAAACAAUUGAUUCAAACUGCAUAAAAUAAAUGACCAUGUUCAAAAGUU